UGUCCGACCGCCCUCUUUGCCUCUCACUCCCCGCAACAUGUCUCACGAGUCCAUCCAAACCCUACUCAAUGCCAAUGAGGAGUGGGCGCAAAGCGUAAUCAAGAACACACCGAAUUUUUUUUCUCAGUCGGCCACCGGCCAGAGCCCCAAGGUCCUUUGGAUUGGCUGCUCCGACUCGCGGGUGCCGGAAUCAGUCAUCACAUCCUCCAAGCCUGGUGAUAUCUUUGUGCACAGAAACAUCGCCAACCAAUUCCACCUCAACGAUGAUAGCGCACUCUCCGUCCUUAUCUAUGCUGUCAAAGUAGUCGGCGUCGAACACGUCGUCCUCGUCGGUCAUACCUACUGCGGAGGUGCUGCUGCUUGUCUGCAAGCAGCCAAAGAUGCAGCCGCCGACACCGGCGCCCCCCUCAUCGCGCGCGUUCAAUCCCUCGACCUCUCCGCGUGCUCUGAAAAUGAAGCGUUGAACAAGGUCGUUGAAACCAAUAUCAUUAUGCAGGUCGACAAUAUCUGCAAGUCGGAACCGAUUACUACUGCGUGGGCGGACCCGAAUGUCAAGAAAGUCACUGUGCACGGAUGGAUGUACGACCUCUCCCGUGGACGCAUCGACUGAGCUCGUCUGUCGGGAAGCUCAAGCGUAACGAGAACUGUUGAUGACUUUUCCUAUUUUUAUUCCAGCACUGGCAAUACAAGCUCCAGGCCUUUGCGAUAAAUAUUUUUUGACACGUUCUUUAAUAGAUUUCCUUUAGACUGGCUGUACACGUCAAGGGUGUGGCAGAUAUUAUUUCUAGAUUAUACGUGCAGCUAAAGAAUUAUUUCAAAGUUCAAAGUCAAACAUUACCUCUUUCGUUUACCGAUAAUGCACGUAUUUGUCCAUCACAUUCUGAAUCGCUGCUCAUGAAGAAAUGAACGCGACCUACUGCAAUUGUACUACGAUGCCCAC